GUCAGUGCUCGCUGAGUGGCCCGGUCACAUGACGGUGGCGGCGACGGGGGGGACGACGCAGCGAAGCCACACGCAGACACUCGCUCUCUUGCGCGCUCUCGGGCUUCACUUCCGGACGGCGAUCACGCACUUCUGAAGGGCGACGCGAUGAAGGUCUUGCUCCUCCUGGCCCUUGUGGCUCUGGCCUGUGCCGACGAGCUGCCUAGGAUUAAACUUCACAAAUUCAAGUCUGCUCGACGUUCUUUGCAAGAGGUUGACACGGCAGUUAAGGUUGUUCAUCGCAAAUGGGGCAAUAAAGGACCCAUGCCAGAGCCACUUUCCAAUUAUAUGGAUGCCCAGUACUAUGGACCCAUUACCAUUGGUACGCCCCCACAGUCCUUCAGAGUGGUGUUUGACACUGGAUCCUCCAACCUAUGGGUUCCUUCUAAGCAGUGCCACUUUACGAAUAUUGCUUGUU